AUGAGCGACACUGAUGAUGGAACAUCUCCAUCUCAAUCUGGCUAUCUCACACCGCCGCUGUCUCCCACCAAGACUGUCUGCACUGAAGAUUGGUCGUCACCCAGGACACCCCAGUCUCCUCGCAAAAGUCGCAGCUGUCUCUUUUUUAGUGACAACAACAAUAACAGUGACACUACCAGUUCCAGUCUAAUCUCGCCAUCUUCUCCUAGCAAGUCAAAAUUCACUUCCCGUCUUCAGGCACUGUCUACUCCAGACCCUCGUCCGAUCAAGCGUGAAGCUGUAGUGGAACAAUCAAACGAUCAGACUUGUCCAGAUCAUCGCAGACUCAACGAUUUCAAUUCUUCCUUUCUCAAUCGCUCUACCACGCUCGCUCACUCAAACGUUCCCUUAGCGUCUACUACAGCUGCAUUGCCUCUUGAUAGGGAGGCCUGCAACUCCAGUCCGCCUCGAAAUGUAUCUCUUGCAAGAAAACCAAGGCGUACAAAUCGCAGCUCUUCAGAUAGCCUGGUUAGCAUCUUGAGUCGCGACCCAUCUCCUUCGCCAAAUCCUACAGAUACUGCCACUACAAUCGAAAGCUCGAACUUCACACCCCUGCGCUACACUGACGCUUCUUCUGGGGUAACUUCUCGGCCCGCUAAGCUUUGUCAACUACCUCUGCGCUAUGCUAGCUCUCCUCUGAGACCCAGUCAAUGGGUCACGCGAGGCGGACUUUUACCAUCACCUCGUCCAAACCAAACCAGCACGCCAGAUCGCUUCAUCGCCAGCCGCCGGCCACCUGCGGUUACUCGAGAAAGCUUCGAGCUCAAUAGCCCUGCAGAGCGGAGGGACAAGGAACAAAACAUGAACCGUGGUACUCGCAGAGGCUCAGAUGCUUUCAGUCGCCGACUGCGCAGAAGUGGCCGCAUGAAUGAGGAACUACGCGGGCUCAGAGAGGCACAUUCCGUGGUUUCAGGGCGUGCCAAUGCAAAUAGAAGGAAUUUCAACUUCAGGCGCAAUCCUCUAACCUUGGGCGCUCGCCAGAUCAGCGCUGGUGCUAUCUGGAACGUUGGUGGGCCUUCUGCUGUGAGCGACACAGUAGUUGCAGUGUCCACUGGCAGAGGUGGAAUGCUCGGUAGUGGAACGAACGCGCCACUGUACAAAUCUGCUUUCUUGAACCGCGCAGAUCCAGAUGCUGAGCUUGAAGCCUAUGAACGACGUCUCGCACUAGCACUUGACAUUGAUCAAACUGAUCGCAUACUUCAGCACUCAUCAUCUGCAGCCUCUCCGCGUUCGCAAAAUAGCGGCCCUGCAUCACAGACAAAACAUGUCUGGCGAGACGGAGCUUGGCUAAAGGACGGAGUUGAUCCGAUCCUUGAUGCCCCUAAUCUCCGAGACGACUAUUACUGUACCUUGCUCGCAUAUUCUUAUACCUCCAAGUGUCUUGCUGUGGGCCUAGGGAACUGUGUCCAUCUAUGGUCCGAAAGAAGCGGCGUCAGUACGCCAGACUCGCUGAACGCCGUGCCACCAAAUGGACCUUCAGAUGUUCAGCAUGUUACGUCGUUGGACUACUCGUCCACAGCAGGUGGGCAAGCAAUUCUUGCGGUUGGACGGGCUGACGGUCGUAUCUUACUGUGGAGCCCGCUUGACUCGGAACCACGAUUCGAUGCUACGCAACCCAAGCCUGUAUCAUGCGUAUCUUGGAGACCGACUGUUGUACAGCGACCUUCACUUCGGGAUAGAGCAAUGAAUGUACCAACCGAAGAAUUACUCAUCGGAGAUGAGGUUAGUCACAUCUACUUCUACAGUGUUGAGUGGCCUUCGGAGACACACAGUGCACUUUUCGGCUGGAAUGGUGCCAUGACAUUGCUCGCUCGAUUAUCCAUCCAUAGCCAACAGAUUUGCGGUUUAACAUGGUCGUCGGACGGCGAGCUCUUUGCAAGUGGAGGGAACGACAACAACUGCAAUCUAUUUGAGACAAAGAAGUUGCUUCGACCAAACGCUGCUAGCGAGAGUACAGCAGCCAUAUUGGAUGUGCGUGAAGGUCCGCGUGGUGAGUCCAUCUACACCGUAACCAACCGCAACAACAACCCCGUCUUGCAUCUUGCGCAAUCGGCGGCGAAACAUACAUGGACACUCAAUGCAGCUGUGAAAGCCAUGGCGUUCUGCCCCUGGCAACGCGGACUUAUAGCCGUCGGCGGCGGCUCAAAUGAUCGCUGCAUCCGCUUUUAUCACACACGCUCAGGCACUUGUCUUGCUACUAUCGACUGUGCAGCUCAAGUCACCAGUCUUAUCUGGUCUCAAACUCGCCGUGAAAUAGCAGCGACGUUCGGCUUCGCGCAACCCGAACACCCAUACCGUGUCGCUGUCUUCGCUUGGCCUGGUUGCGAACAAGUCGUUGCCGUGCCGUGGUACGAUGAGAAUCGGGCUCUGUGUGCAGUCGCUUACCCCGGCGGUCCAUUGAAUGGUUCGCACAUAGAUGGAGACCGCGAUGGUGGAAGGGCCAGGGGUGAAGAUGGAGUCUGGUCGACAAGAGGCGCCGAGGAAGGUUGCAUCGUCGUUGCAGCUAGCGACAUGGCAAUUCGGUUCCAUGAAAUCUGGAGUGACAGACGGGGAAGUGUGGCUUUCGGUACUCUGCUAGGCAGUGAGACUACAGGCUUGUUAGGAGGAAGUGAUAUUCUUGAGGGCCGCUAUGCUAGUGACUUUGAGCGGCCAGGAAUGGUAAUCAGAUAG